CCCGGGCCGUUCAAUGAUUCAUAAUUAAGAAGCUUGCCGUCCCCUCGAUGUUCGCCCGUGGUUUCGGUCCUCAGAGCCCUCGAACAAUUCCGUCAACAUGACAGCCGCCCUCGACGUCGAGAAAGCCAUUUCAAUAAGCAAAGGAACCGCGACAGCCGAUGCCGUCACAGAAUCAGGAACUGACGAUGCAGCUCCUCCAGCCGCGGAAGGGCUCCAGCCUCCUGACGGUGGAUUCACCGCUUGGUCUCAAGUCUUUGCGGCAGCUCUCGUCAACUCGAUGUCAUGGGGCUAUCCAUCGAUGUUCGGUGUAUACCAGCUUCACUACCGAGACGCGCUCAAGCUCCCCGAUUCCCAGAUCUCAUGGAUCGGGUCCUUGCAGAUCUUCCUCGCCUUCGUUAUGUGCACGUUCUCGGGGAGAAUGGCGGAUGCGGGAUACGUAAAGACGACCAUUGCCGUGGGGUCGUUCCUCGUCGUGUUUGGGACCUUCAUGACGAGUCUGUGCACCGAGUACUGGCAGAUCUUCCUUGCUCAGGGGCUGUGUACGGGUCUAGGACUGGGCAUCAUGUUCAUGCCGCCGAUCUCUGUCGUCAACUCGUACUUUGUGCACAAGCGGUCGUUGGCGCUAGCCCUUGCGGCAUCCGGGACCGGCUUCGGGAGCGUUAUCUUCCCAGCAACGAUUCAAUACCUUAUCCCGCAGAUUGGCUUCCCGUGGGCUGUCAGAUGCGCUGCCUUUCUCGCGCUGAUCAUGUCGGCCGUUGCGAUUCUGAUUUUGAGGCCGCGGCUGACACCAAGGAAGUCAGGCCCACUCGUUGAAUGGGAUGCCUUUAGGGAGGGGCCUUAUCUCUUGUACAUCCUCGGAGCGUUUCUCUUCUUUUGGGCGCUCUAUUUUGGCUUUUUCUAUAUCAACGCAUACGCCCGAAACGUCAUUCACUUUUCCACUACCGACUCAGUCCAACUCCUCCGUAUGUCAAACCAGUGCUCUUUUGUCCCUUCCCUGCUGUCUCGAGACCAAGACAACGGCACCGUCGCUCCAGUCAUCACAAACGGCAUGAGCAUCCCGAGCCGGCCCUUGGUAGGCUUCCUGGCAGACCGAUACCUCGGGCCCAUUAACAUGUACGCGUUCCACGUUCUGGUUCUGGGCUGCAUGCUCUUUGCGUGGACCGGCGUCACCACGCGGGCGGGCAUGUACGUGUUCUCGGUCUUCUUUGGCCUCGCCAACGGCGCCGCACAGGGCCUGUUCACUUGCUCGCUGGCCAGCUUGACCAAGGAUCCGAGAAAGAUGGGGACGCGGUACGGCAUGGUCUGCACCAUCAUUGCGUUUGCCUCGCUCGCGGGGCCGCCGACGGCCGGCGCCAUCAUCGACAAGUCGGCGGGGCAGUACUUGUGGGCGCAGGUAUGGGCGGGGCUGGUGAUCGUGCUGGGCUCUGUUGCGCUCGCUGGGUGUAGGUGCGCGGUGUCUGGGUUCAAGUUGUGGGUGAAGGUGUGAGAUGGGUGCAAGCCCCAGCCUGUAAUAAGUAAUGGUUAGACACGGGAUUGUGGCUGGGACAGUGUCUUGGAAACGGGUUAGGGUAAGACAAAACAGGCCGUGACGGACUGGAUCAUCA